AUGGAGAAUGCAGGAUGGCUCAACAUCCCGGAAGGAACAAAACGCCUUAACAAUGAUGAGGGAUAUUUUGAUGUCACUGUUCCACUCAGUAUGAUCUUGGGAUUUGCUGAAGACUAUGGAAAAAUCUUUGUAAACGCAAAGCAUGAACUUGUUCUGACAAGAUCGCGCAGUGACAUAAAUGCUAUUGUUCAAGCACGACAAGAGCCUGGAACUGAAGAGCAAUUUAAGAUCUCGAUACAUAAAGUGGAGUGGAUGAUACCAUAUGUAGUGGCUUCAGAUCAGCAAAAGAUACACUUGUUGAACAUUAUUGGAAAAGAUUUUCUCACCACCAUGAGUUUUCGCUCAUGGGAAUUGUAUGAGUACCCCCUGCUCCCCACCACCUCAAGACAUAUAUGCACUGUGAAAACAUCAACUCAGUUGGAAAAACCGCGGUACAUUGUACUGGGUUUCCAGACAGGCAGAAAGGAUAAACUAAUCAGAUAUGCUAAUCGCUUUGACCACUGCAAUAUAACUAAUGUGAAGUUAUUCCUCAAUUCACAGUACUAUCCGUACGGAAAUUUUAAUUUGAACUUUGGUCAUAAUCAGUUUACGCUACUGUAG